UUUUAUUUUGUGCAUGUGUUGUGUGUUGCGUGAUCGAGUUUCUACGAUGAUUGUGGUAAAUUGAAGUGGAGAAAGUUAAUUAAAGUUUCGAUGAUGGUCUUGGACCAUUUAAAAUUUAGUUUAUUUUCAAAAACAAAUAAGACUUUGUGGAUUAAAGGCCCGUGCGUACGUAAGAAAGCUUCAAACGUAUUUGAAGCUUUCGAGGCCGUGUUCAUGGAACUAUGAACCUAGACUCGUUGUCUUUUACUUUGUCACAAAUCAGUUAUUUAGUUGCAUCUUUGACUAAAAAGAACCAGAAGCAAGUAACUGGGGACCUUACAAAGCUAGUCACUUUGCAUGGUCUGGAGGCGGACCGUCACUUGCUCCAAUGUCUGUUUUCGACUGUGGACUUUUCUGAGUCUCCAAGCAGCAAGAAUUCAGCCCCCACAUCAAUCCAAAGCCAGGUUUUAUUCAAUCAGUGCUCCAAUCUGCUCAACAAGCCAUCAUUGUUAACAUCUGUUUGUUAUAUCACAGACAAUCCACUAGUUAACCACAAGACCUUAAAACUCGGCCCCCAUUUCUUCGUUCAGUUGGGCAAGUGCCUUCGCCUCUCGGCUGUCCAGGAAGUCGUAUUUGCUCUUGCUCUGCGGCACUCCUCCAACCCGGAAGUCGCCAACUUGGCUCAGAACCACCUGCGGCAGAGCGUACCAGUCCUCGUGCAAUCCUAUAUUGACAGCGAGGGCAGCUCCCGGCAGCAGGAAGGAGGGCUCGACGAGACAACCCCUGAAGUCCUCCACUUGAUUUUAUCAGCCGUUUUGAAAACCCCCAAAGAGGUGGGACUGACUAACAGUGUGCACACGACGUUUUUGAACACUUUGCAAAAAGAUUUCCCCAAGGAACUUGUGCCCAUAGUGCUCUCCCCCCUAGUGUACCCGGAACACAGCGAAAUGUCAUCGGACGGCCCCGGGUUGGCCGGGGGUAUGUUGGAGACGUCGCUAGCCGAUGUCAUCAGUGAGGUGGGGUACGCCUUCACGGCUUCGGUGGAGGAAUGCAGGAGCCACCUGUUGAAGCUCGGGGGACGGGAUAUCUCCCCCGGGGUGGUCGCGCGGGUUAUUUCAGUGAUGAGCCGAACGCACAGUGGCCUUGAUGAUUCCUUCAACAAGAACUCUGUGGACAGAUCCACGUGGAACAUUGAGGUUUUUGUGCAGGCUCUAAAGGAGGUCGUGCAGAACUUUCAGUGGAAUAGUGUUGUGGCGGAACUGGAUCACCCGGAGUUUUUAGUUAAAGACCGGCAGGGUUUGGCGUUAUUGAUCAACGCCAUCAGACAGGGGCACCAGUCGGUGGGGUUUCACCCCGAGACGUUCCCUAUUGAUCAAUUUUACAAGAGGUGGACGAAUUUCGAGGGGCAGUUCAGCCUCGUGCAGAACAUCCUUAAAAACCCUGAUGUGUUUUGUUUCGCGGAUUACCCCUGCGUUUCGGUCGCGGUGGAUAUACUAAAAACGCCCCCCGAACAGGACAGCAAAGAGUUAGCCAACUGGCGGUCCCUCAAUUUGAUUGAGUUGCUGCUGAACAUGUCUGAGUGCGGGUUGUACAGCCACGUGCAGGAGCUGUUCAAGUUUCCCAUGGUGAACUGCCCGGACGUUCUAGUGCUCGCGCUGCUGCAGAUCUCGGGGCAGAUCACGAUCUUGCGGCAGGAGCUGCUCACCAACUUGAUACCGAUUUUCCUGGGGAACCACCCCAACUCGGCCAUCAUCCUGCACAACGUGUGGCACACGCAGAACAUCAACAUCAAGCCGGUCAUAAUGCACGCGAUGGCGGAAUGGUACGUCCGAGGGGAAUGCGACCAGACAAGGUUGUCCCGCAUCCUGGACGUGGCCCAGGACUUGAAAGCUCUCUCGAUGCUGCUCAACGCGCAGAACGCGCAAUCGUACCCCUUCAUCAUCGACCUGGCCUGCCUCGCAUCGCGCAGGGAGUACCUGAAGCUGGAAAAGUGGCUCUCGGACAAGAUCCGCGAGCACGGCGAGCCGUUCGUGAUGGCGUGCAUCAAGUUUCUGCACCGCCGCAUCCCUGCGAUCGCCAAGAACGACGACCCGUCGAACGUGAAGAACGCGCAGCUGCCCAACGAGACGCUGACGACGAUGGUCGUCUGCCUGCAGUCGGCCAUCUCGUCCGUCUCGCUGGAGUGCCAGGAGGCGAUCCUGGCCACGGUGAACAACUGCAGCAUCGUGUUGAAGUCGCGCCAGCAGCAGCAGCAGGCGCAGCAGCAGCAGCCGACGAUUUUGCGCGGCAGAGGCGUCGAGACGGGACUCAACCCUUCUGUUUUUACCGCCGGGCAAAUUUACAACCACUCGGGCGUCGAUUCCUUGCAGGGGCUCACCUCCAACUUGGCAGGGCUGAAUUUAACUGGCCCUUCCACAUCCGCAUUUAACCUGCAAGGCGGUCUGGGACAGCUGGUGUCUUCGCCGGGAUCUCCGUCGCGAAUUUUGAACGCCGGCGGCCCGUCCAACAGCCCGUUCCCGAUGAUGCCGAUGCAACACCAGGGCCCAGUGGGCACCAGCUCCUCCCUCGUCCUCGGCGGCGUAAAUCAGCUUACGAACAUGGGCCGAAUGCCCAACCCGAGCAUGGACAAGACGAGACUGCCCGACUACAACUUGUUCCCCGACAUAUCGCCGAACGUAUCCAAAGACAUCGAGGACGAGGCCAACAGCUACUUCCAGAGGAUCUACAACCACCCCCCGCACCCGACGUUGUCCAUCGAUGAGGUUUUGGAUAUGUUGAGGACGUUCCAGGAUUCGCACAACAAAAGGGAGAAGGACGUGUUCAACUGCAUGCUGAGAAACUUGUUCGAAGAGUACAAGUUUUUCCCGCAAUACCCCGACAAGGAGUUGCACAUUACGGCGCAACUGUUCGGCGGGAUCAUAGAACGCGGCAUAGUCACGUCGUACAUAGCGCUAGGUUUGGCUUUGAGGUUCGUAUUGGAGGCGCUGAAGAAACCCGAAGGUUCCAAGAUGUACUACUUCGGUAUAGCGGCGUUGGAUAGGUUUAAAAGUCGUCUGAAGGAGUACCACAAGUAUUGCGAGCACGUGCGGGCGAUACCGCAUUUCGGGGAUUUCCCCCCGCACCUACAAGAAUAUGUCGAGUAUGGUUUGCAGAGUUUGGAACCGCCGAACAAACCGUCCGGCCCCGUUUUGCCCGCAAGUUUGGCCGCCAUGUUGGCGCCGCCGCCGUCUACUGCAACCGCGCAGGCAUAUAAAACCAUAUCCGCUAUAGCGCCGAGUAAAUCAAGUACAACCCCGGCGACGACGCAGCAAAUCGGCAGCAGGCCCUCAAUCGCGAACGCCACCAACAUCGAUACUCUUCUGGUGGCGACCGAGAAGGAAUCGGAAAAAUUGGUGACCCCUCCGGAAGUGAUUCAAGACAAAACGGCCUUCAUAUUCAACAACCUCAGUCAGCUGAACUUGAAGAACAAGUGCGACGAGCUGCGCGAACUGAUCUCCGACGAGUACUACCCGUGGUUGUCGCAAUACCUCGUGAUGAAGAGGGCCUCGAUCGAGUUCAACUUCCACGCGCUGUAUUCCAACUUCCUCGACACUCUGGCCGUGCCCGAGGUGUACCGCAUGGUGACAAGGGAGACGUUCAGGAACAUUCGCGUGCUGCUGCGUUCGGACAAGGCGGUGGCGAAUUUCUCGGACCGCUCGCUGCUGAAGAACCUCGGCCACUGGCUGGGCAUGCUGACGCUGGGCCGCAACAAGCCCAUCCUGCAGAUCGACAUCGACCUGAAAUCCCUGCUCGUGGAGGCGUACCACAAGGGUCAGCAGGAGCUGCUGUGCGUGGUGCCGUUCGUGGCCAAAGUAUUGGAAUCCUGCUCGAAAAGCAAGGUGUUCAAGGCGCCGAAUCCCUGGACGAUGGCCAUCAUGAACGUGCUGGCCGAGCUCUGGCACGAGACCGAUCUCAAGUUGACGUUAAAGUUCGAGAUCGAGGUGCUGUGCAAGCACCUCGACAUCGAAGUUUCGCAGCUGAAACCGAGCAUGUACCUCAAGGAUCCGGAGCGGAUAAGGAAAAUUGAAUACCAACUUUCGCAGCCGGUCAAAAAGGAGAGCAAUACUUCGUCUUCGCACGGUACCGUACAAAGCAGCCUCAACGAUCCCGAACUGGCCAACAUACUUCCCGCGCAGGCCACCAGCUCUCCGCAAGUGGUCCAAAACAACAGCACCACUCCCACGUCGAUGUCCGGUCCGCCGGACCCGCGCUUCUCCUACAGCGACAUCCAAAUCAACAACAUGGCCGCCUUCCAAACCCACACGAUAAUCAACCCGUCGAUCCUCUUGUUCCAAACGCACCCGCAACUAAAACCUCUCGUGAAAACCUCGAUCGAGCGCGCGGUGCAAGAGUGGAUCGCCCCGGUGGUGGACCGCUCGAUCAAGAUCGCGCUGCAAACGUGCGAGCAGACGAUCCGCAAGGACUUCGCGUUGGACCAGGACGAGAGCAGGAUGCGCCUGGCGGCGCACUACAUGGUGCGCAACCUCACGGCCGGCAUGGCGAUGAUCACGUGCCGCGAUCAGCUGCUGACCUCGAUCAACACGCACUUGAAGCAGGCGCUGCUGGCCAACUUGGGCACGCCCACCGUGCAGCAGAAGGAGCUGAUCGAGCAGGCGGCCGGAGUGGUGGCCACCGACAACAUGGAGUUGGCGUGCGCCUUCGUGCAGAAGACCGCGGUGGAGAAGGCCAUCCCCGAGAUCGACAAACGGCUGAUUAACGAGUACGAUAUGAGGAAACACGCCAGGCAGGAAGGAAGACGGUACUGCGAUCCGCAAGUGCUCUCUUACCACGCCGACCGCAUGCCCGAGCCGAUCCGCCUGAAAGUGGGCGGCAUCUCGUCGUCGCAGAUGGCCGUCUACGAGGAGUUCGCGCGCAACAUCCCCGGCUUCCUGCCGAACGAGCGCGACACGUUUAUGCUGUCGAAGCAGAACACGCCGAUCGAGGCGCAGCCGCAGCCGCAGCAGGCGCAGGCGCAGUUCCAGAUGCCGCCGCAGGCCGCCGUGCCCAACGACGACAUCGGCGUGCUCUACGAGAAGCUCGCCCUCGAGGUCGAGCAGUUCGUGCAGGCGGUGCAAGGGCAGGCGCAGUACGCGCUCAUGUGCAGCACCAUGCAGGUGCUGAGGGACUACCUGAUGAUCUCGAUCAGGAACAGGGAGACUCCGCCCAACGGGAUCGUGCAAAAGUGUGUGGAAUGCCUUCAAGAAGGUAUCACGCCCACCCUGACCGACUCGGACGUCGUAUCGAUAAAGUUCAAGGAAAUCAUCGUCCGCAUCCUGAAAUCCCUGCAGGACCCGCGCGUCUUCGGCCAGCAGUGGACCAACAAAACGUCGACGCGCUACCUGAUCGACUGCCGCGAAGAUCUCCGCUACAACAUGGAGGCGGUCGAUGCGCUCCUGAAAUCCGGCCUGUUGAACCCGAACCAGUACGACGUUGCGCUGGCCGGCGCGAUGGAGAACGGCAACAACUACAUCGCCGUCACGUUCGCCAUGCAGCUCAUUCAGGUGUACCUGAUCGACGACCGCAGCAACCAGUACCUGGCCGACGCCGACCUCUGCAACACCAUAGACGUGCUGUCGAAGAUACACGCGCACGCGCGGCAGCCGCCCGAGGGCCUCGGCGGCAUGAUGGACGCGCUGCGCCAGAGCCACGAGCCCAACUUUUUCGGCGACCGCGCGCCCAUCGGACCCACCGUGCACAUCCACAACGGCAUCAUGCAGGUGCGCGCGCCCAGCUACGAAGAUCCUCCCGGCUUGGUCGAGAAAACCGACUUCCUCCUCCGCGACUGGAUCACCAUCUACUCGUCGCAACAUCAAGGCCGCGACUCGACCAAAGCCUUCAGCAUGUUCGUGCACCAGAUGAACGUGCACGGCAUACUGAAAACCGACGACUUGAUAACGCGAUUCUUCCGACUCUCGACGCAGCUCUGCGUCGAAACCGUCUACAGAUCUUUAACGGACGCGACUCUAAACAUGGCCAUAAUCCGACCGAAAUGUUACCACACGUUGGACGCGUACGUUAGACUCGUGGCUCUUUUGGUGAAACACUCUGGGGAAGCCAACAAUACCACGACAAAAAUCCACCUGUUGAAUAAAGUGUUGGGGAUUGUAGCCGGCUGUCUCCUGCAAGAUCACGAGUUGCGCGCUAAAGAGUUUCAGCAGCUGCCAUACCAGCGAAUUUUCACGAUGCUCUUUUUGGAGUUGAACUCGCCAGAACCGGUUUUGGAGGCUAUCAAUUAUCACGUUUUGACGGCGUUUUGCCACACGUUGCACAUAUUAAGGCCGUCUAAAGCGGCUGGUUUUUGUUAUGCGUGGUUGGAAUUAGUUUCGCACCGAGUUUUCAUGGGGAGAAUGUUGGCGUCCACCCCUCAACAGAAAUGCUGGCCUCUGUACGCGCAGUUACUCAUCGAUCUAUUCAAAUACCUCGCUCCGUUCCUACGUAACGCCGAAUUGGCCAAACCCGUGACGUUGUUGUACAAAGGGACUUUGAGGGUGCUGCUGGUGCUGCUGCACGACUUCCCGGAGUUUUUGUGCGACUACCACUACGGGUUCUGCGACGUGAUACCGCCGAACUGCAUCCAGAUGCGCAACCUGAUCCUGUCGGCGUUCCCGCGCAACAUGCGCUUGCCCGAUCCGUUCACGCCCAACUUGAAGGUCGACAUGCUGCCGGAGAUCGCGUUCGCGCCUCGAGUGCUGACCAACAUCUCGCUGCUGAUCGCGCCCGCGCACUUCAAGAAGGACCUCGAUUCGUACCUGAAGGCGCGCGCCCCCGUCACGUUCCUGUCGGAGCUGAGGGGCAAUCUGCAGGUGUCCAACGAGCCGGGCGUCAGGUACAACAUCCAGCUGAUGAACGCUCUGGUGCUGUACGCGGGCAUCCAGGCGAUCGCGCACAUCCGCAACAAGGGCCACCAGCCCAACAUGUCCACCAUCACGCACAGCGCGCACAUGGACAUCUUCCAAAACCUGGCCGUCGACUUGGACACCGAGGGUCGCUACCUGUUCCUGAACGCGAUCGCCAACCAGCUGCGCUACCCCAACAGCCACACGCACUACUUCUCGUGCACGCUGCUCUACCUGUUCGCCGAGGCGAACACCGAGGCGAUGCAGGAGCAGAUCACGAGGGUGCUGCUCGAGCGGCUCAUCGUCAACCGGCCGCACCCGUGGGGAUUGCUGAUCACCUUCAUCGAGCUGAUCAAGAACCCCACCUACCGGUUCUGGGAGCACGAGUUCGUGCACUGCGCUCCGGAAAUCGAAAAGCUUUUUGAGUCGGUAGCCAGAUCUUGCAUGGUGAACAAGACAGUCCAGCCUCAAGAAGGGGAGAUACAAGAGUGAUAAACAUUUUUGUGAUUUGUACAUAAUAUAAAAGAAACGAUUAUUCUCUGUGAAUUUUUAUUUUGUUUAUACUUUUUAGCCUAUUGUUUAAUUUUUGGGAAGCUUUUAUUUUUAGUUUUUAAGGUACAUAGUGUAUAGUACUUAUAACAAUACUGUAAUAUAUUAGAUAUUUUUAAGAAAUUUUCAAGUAUUUGUAACUAUUAUACAUAUAAAAUUGUGGAUGUAAUAAAUGGUUUUCAAUGUUUUGAGCAUUUAAAAAGGAUUUUUAUUUAUUUAAAGAA